ACUCUGAGCUCUCCAGAAAAUAAAAGCGACUAAGAGUGAAACCGGAAGCGUCACUUCACAGGUCGCUUAGAACAGAAAACAUGAACCAAGACAAAUAUCCUCGCUCCUCAAUUGAGGAUGAUUUUAAUUAUGGCACAAAUGUUGCGACGGCGAGCGUACAAAUCCGCAUGGAUUUCCUACGCAAAGUGUACACAAUCCUGUCAGUGCAGAUAAUCCUGACCACAGCUUUAUCUGCCCUGUUUAUGUUCUGUGAGCCCAUUAAAAACUUUGUACAUUCAAGUCCCUCACUGGUCUUGCUGUCUGCGAUUGGAUCUCUGUUUCUGAUCAUUGCUCUGGCUAUUUAUCGCCACCAGCAUCCCAUCAACCUCUAUUUACUCCUAGGAUUCACUGUGUUGGAAGCCGUGUCAGUGGGUACAACUGUGACGUUUUAUGAAUACUCGGUGGUGUUCCAGGCCUUCGUGCUGACAUCAGCUGUCUUUGUUGGCCUGACUGCUUACACACUCCAGUCGAAACGGGACUUCAGCAAGCUUGGAGCUGGGCUGUUUGCUGGCCUGUGGAUUCUGAUCAUUGCCAGCUUCAUGAGUAUUUUCUUCCACAACGACACGGUGGAGCUGGUGUUCGCCGGCGCUGGGGCUCUGCUCUUCUGCGGCUUCAUCAUCUACGACACGCACAUUCUGAUGCGCAAGCUGUCACCUGAGGAGCACAUACUGGCCUCCAUCAACCUCUACCUGGACAUCGUCAACCUCUUCCUGCACAUCCUGCGCAUCCUCGACUCCAUGAAGAAGAACUGAGGGGAGAACCUGCACGCGUGUCCUUCUGUAAGAUCAUGCAGGUGAUUUCUGUGUUGCUGUGUCGUUAGUAAAAAUCAUCAGUUGCGUCCGUGAACUCUUUGUAUUUUUUCUUUAGGACUAUGUGCUGAACAUGCCCGUGAUCCCCCCCCCCCCAGUCAGGAUGACUGUUGCCAGUUUAUUAGGCACAUCGUCCUUACUCUUGCAUAAUUUCAUUAGUUAAGAGUGUGAUUAUAUUAGGGAUUCAGCUAAAAAGGCACUUUUUGCACUUCAGAAUAAAAUGAACUAGAUCUGCACUGAAGUGUCAAAUCUAAUACUUUACAAACGGUAAUCGUUAACCUGUUCCCCCUGUCCUCCUGCGUCCAGUGUAAUGUAAGGGGACACCACAGGACACAUCUUAUUUGGGUGUCCUUUGUAACUAGACAUUAAAAUGACCAAAAUGGUGCAUGAGGGUCAGUGGACCUAAUAAACUGGUACCUAGUGUAAGCGCAUGCCAUCUUGCAACUUCUUUAAAUUUUUUUGGUUAAUCAUUGUGUUUAAUAGGGGUGUGACGAUUGAAAGGAAAUGAUUGAAAUGAGUCAUGCAACAAUCGUGAACUGAUUAUUAAUGAUUGUAAUUUAUUAUAAAGCGGUUCUUAUUCAUAAGGGACAGACAGCUAGUGAGUAAAAAAUAAUUUGUAUUUCUCAGUUGAUGUGUAAAUAGGUUAACAGGGUGAUUUUCAGGGUUCCGAAAAAUAUUCUCCACUUUUUUUUCUCCUUGAAAAAUCAAGUCAAAUAAGUAUUCUUCACUUUUUCUUAUUUUUUCUUUACUUGGUCUGUAUUUUUUUUUUCCCCUUUUUAGUUACCAACAUAUCAAAGUGGACUUAAUACUGGUUUAUACCAACCAAACUGGCACAAUUCAAAUAUUUUUACAUAUAAAAUUUAGGCUCCACUCCAGCCUCUAAUAAGAAAUACUUGAUUUUGGGCAGCCUGUGUACCAUCAAACUAAAAUAAACCUUUGUAGUUUGAGAUUACUUCAGGUUAUUUUAGCAUGGAAUUAUUGAAGAGCGGUAUUAGGACUUCCUUUAGCCUUUACUUCAACACAAAACUUGAUUUACAAUUGAACAGAGUCGAGAAGAAUCUUGGACCGACCAACAGUGAAGGAAUCCGAAUUUCCUGUCAAUUUAUAAACUGAACACAGAAUAGCACUGCGUUUUUCAUCAUACGUUUGCCACAGAGACUCAACAUGCCACACUGCUUGAAACAUAGCUCCCUUCAGUCGCUUCCUGGCUGACAGCAGUUCCCCCUUUUUUUUUUUUUAAACCAACACCUGCAUUACUGACGCUGUCCGAUGUGCCCGGGGAUGGUCGGGGCUCUGAGUGUGCCUCCCCCGUGAGUGUUUCAGCCCUUAAAUCAUCUUCAGUGCUUGAAGAACCCCAAAAAACUUCAUCAGCUUAGACUGCACCAUCGUUUGGUUCAUGCAGAGAUAAUUUACAUCCCCACACCAGGCCGAUUAAGACGCACUCAAAAGUUUGGCACUCAUUUGGUCAUUAUGUGUAGUUGAUUCUUAUUGGUCACAAGCACGUGCUCAUUGUUUACACUCUGACUUCCUUGCAUCUCUUCACUGCGGUUGGAUUUCGGGAUUGCUAUAAAAGGUGACGAUGAAGAUAAAGAUAACAAAUACAUUCAUCGCUGUGACGACUGCUAGUAAUUUUCUCUCCGUCACUGAUGGAUUACGUUCGUCAUUGACGAGCGCCAGUAGGAACCCUGGAUUUUACCCAUAACACUGAAACUCCUCUACGUAUUAAUCAUCAUUUGCUAAUUGUGGAAGCCCGAGGUUGAUUCCCUCACUGUUUUACACAGAAUUAAGUUACAUGUCUAAUUUAAAAAAAAAAAUGUCUUUAAGAUGAACAUAAUCCUAAAUGUUUCCCAUGUUCUAGUUUAUUGCAGUUAUACAUGGACAAAUACACACAGACUUUAAUCUCACUUCAGACCAUGAUGAGAGAGAUCUAGAGAAGAUCAGUGAAUUGUAGAUAUGAAUUUAAGGUCUUUUGAUGCAUUUUGUUUUUGUAGUGUUGGUAACUCGGGAACAGAAGUGUCACUUAGACUACGUUCAGACUGCACCCUGAAACGACCCAUAUCCGAUUUUUUUGCCCAUAUGCGACCUGUAUCCGAUUUGUUAUUGACAAUCUGAACGACACAGAUCCGAUUUUUUUCACAUGCGACCCAGGCCGCUUGGAUAUGUGGUCCUAAAUCCGAUGCAUAUCCGUUAUUUUCACAUGCGACUGCAGUCUGACCGGACAGGUCGCAUUCAUGCAACCUACACGUCAUCAACAAGAAACAAACGUCACUAUUCUGCGUUGGCUAAUCCCGCCUCUUUGGUGGAAAACAACAACAUUUGUACAGUUUUCAGGAUUUAAAUAGACUUUUAUAGAAUUGAUCAAGCUAAUGGUGGAUUUGGUAGGGACCUGGAUGUUGAUCUGUUAGCCUGAUUAAAUAAAACAGUUUCUAUAACUGAUUUAUAACUUAAACCAUCCUGUAUUACAAGAUUAUAAGAUUGUUCUGGAAAUUUCCAGUAAUUUGACACCUUCGGUCUCAUUAGUCUGCUGCCCACAUUAAUCAGAUUAUUGCGUGAGUUCCGCCGCCGCCACAAAAACCACAUCGCCAGGUCUCGCCUCAUCUCCAUGCUUUACUUGCAAACUUGAAGAGUGCGCUUUUUUUUUGUUUUGUUUACGUAUUACGUAGAUGUGCUUAUUACGUGUCAAUUUGCGCAUGCGGGACACUUUUGGGUCGUUUUCCGUUCAUAUUGGAGAUCGCAUACAAGUCUCAUAUAAUUGGUAAUGUGAACGGCCUAACAAAAAAAUCGGAUUUCACAACAAAUCGGAUAUGGGUCGUUUCAGGUUGCAGUCUGAACGUAGUGUAUAUGACACCGAUUCACUGCUGCCAGUGUGAUUCCAUGUGCUUAUUAUUAAAUAAGGUGGUUUUUAAUCAUUUGGGUCAUAAUGAAGUGCUAAUCAGUGUCUGAGUUACUGUGUGAAGUUAUCAGUGAUAAAACAGAGCUAAAUGAUUUCUUCUGUCCAACUGCUCUGCAUUGAUCAUCGACAUUUUUAAAAUAAGGAGCAAAUUAUUAUAGACGGCCUGUGGAGCGAAGGCUCAUUUAAAAGGGCCUGGCGAAGUCUAAGAAGAAAUGUUUAAACUCGUAAUGUUUAGGAUGAAUACAGUGUUCUCGCAGCACUAAGUAGCUUCAGGUAAAUCUGAUGCUCCUCUCCCACAUGGUGGUAUUACUUUAAUACUUAUUGAAAGGAACUGUUCAUGGGAAAAACUGAAUGAUUUCAGGGGUCUAAAAAAUGCGUCUUUAGACAGAGACGGGUCCGUGAGUUCAUUCUGAACCUCUGUGCGGUUUGCAGUGCCACAUGAUAUAUACGCUAUAUUUUAAAUAUUCUCCUGAAGUUUUGAUUUACAUGCUGUUUCACUGUAAUUUAUUAACAUAUCUACUAUAUAUGUGCAAUAUUAUUAAGGAAAUUGUAGCUCACAGAUAAAGCAUGUUAUUGAUUAAAAUUUUCAUCAACUGAAAUAUCACUGGUGAUUUAAAAUUCUGUCUGUAUAAAAUGAUAUAAUUAAUAUAUUAAAUAUUUGACCUGC